UUAUGACAUAAGACGAAUUUCAUGAUUGCAAAUAAACAAAGAAACAAAAAAGAAAAAGAGGGCAAACAAAAGGAAUAAUAUCAAACUGCGUUUUUUAUUUUAUAAAUUUUCUGACUAUACUAUAUUAGCUACUAUUUACGGGGGAGAAAACUUUCCAAAGGAAGGCUUUUUUCGCUUGAGGUUGUUCUGUGAGCUCUAAUGGCUGAUAAGGUGGCUGAUAAGGUGGCUGAAAAGGUGGCUGAAAGAACGCUACAGCAGACUUCCACGUGGGCGGUCGCCGUUGUUUGCUUCUUCUUGCUUCUAAUUUCAAUUGUCAUUGAGAAACUGAUCCACAAAUUAGGAAACUGGUUUAAAAGGAAGAACAAAAAAGCACUGUAUGAAGCUCUUGAAAAAGUGAAAGCAGAGCUUAUGCUGAUGGGAUUCAUAUCACUACUGCUAACAAUUGGACAAAACUAUAUCUCACAAAUUUGCGUCUCCGAGAGCGUCGCAGCAUCAAUGCGCCCUUGCAGUAGAUCCGAAGAAGAGAAGAAGUAUCCCAAUACAAAAAAAGAUACCGGGAAGGACCUAGGAGAUGAAGAAAACUCUGGUCGAAAGCUUCUCGAGUUAGUCGAAUCUUUCAUUCCUCGAAGGAGUUUGGCUACCAAAGGCUAUGACAAGUGUGCAGAAAAGGGACAAGUGGCUUUUGUAUCGUCCUACGGGAUGCAUCAGCUUCAUAUAUUCAUCUUCGUUCUUGCUGUUUGUCAUGUGAUCUACUGCAUUCUUACUUAUGCUUUGGGAAAGACCAAGAUGAGAAGAUGGAAGAGGUGGGAAGAGGAGACAAAGACAAUUGAAUAUCAGUAUUCACACGAUCCUGAGAGGUUUAGGUUUGCGAGGGAUACAUCUUUCGGGCGUAGACAUCUGAACUUCUGGAGCAAAUCGACUAUUACACUGUGGAUUGCAUGUUUCUUUAGACAGUUUUUUGGAUCUGUAACCAAAGUUGAUUACUUAACGCUGAGACAUGGUUUCAUUAUGGCCCAUUUGGCUCCAGGGAGCGAUGCGAGGUUCGAUUUCCGAAAGUACAUUCAGAGAUCAUUAGAGGAAGAUUUCAAAACAAUCGUUGAAAUCAGUCCUGUGAUAUGGUUUGUAGCCGUGCUAUUCCUCCUGACCAACACAAACGGAUUGAAUUCUUACGUCUGGCAACCAUUCAUUCCCUUAGUAGUGAUACUUAUAGUUGGAACAAAACUUCAAGUGAUAAUAACAAAACUAGGACUUCUAAUCCAAGAGAAAGGGGACAUAGUGAAAGGCAUGCCGCUUGUUCAGCCCGGUGAUCAUCUCUUCUGGUUCGGUCGUCCACGUUUCAUUCUCUUCCUCGUUCACUUAGUCCUUUUCACGAAUGCGUUUCAACUAGCUUUCUUUGCCUGGACUACGUAUGAGUUCAAGCUCAAGAACUGUUUCCACAAGAACACAGUAGAUGUGGUCAUCAGAAUUUCAGUUGGAGUUAUUGUACAGGUUCUUUGCAGCUACGUUACUCUUCCUCUAUACGCUCUAGUUACUCAGAUGGGUUCCAAGAUGAAACCUACAGUGUUCAACGAGAGAGUAGCAGUAGCUUUAAAGAGUUGGCACCACACAGCUAAGAAGCAAAUGAAACAUGGAAGAACCUCAGAGUCGACUACGCCUUUCUCUAGUCGUCCAGCUACACCAACACACGGUUCUUCUCCGAUCCAUCUCCUCCACAAUGUCCACAAACGAAGCAGAAGCGCUGAUGAAAGUUUCGCUAACUCAAUGUCUCCGAGGAGAAACUCUGACUUCGAUACGUGGGAUGUUGAGUCUCAACAAGAACCUUCUUCUUCUUCCGUGAAGUAUCAUUCUAGGUUUAGGGAAGAAAACUCAGAGAAGAAGAAGCCAGCAUCUUCUUCAGCUGUGGAGCUUCCUCCUGGAACUGGACAAGCAAGAACUCACCAGCAUGAGAUUAGUAGUAUUAGCUUGAGGGAUUUUUCGUUUAAGUGAUUGUUUAUAUUUCUUAGUGAUGAUUUGUUAAUACGUAUGUUUAUAAGUUUAUAUGGAAACAGUGUUAUUGUGUAAAUUUGACCUUAUUUAUACAUUAAUUAUUUCUCGUUUUUAUCUGUCACUUCACACUUUUCAGCUACCAAAGUGUUUAUCUUAUUGUCAUAGACAAUGUUUCAGGAAGAAAUCUAUGGGCCGGGAAAAAAAGCUUUGAGCUAGCUAAAAAAUAUGUUCACUAUGAAGUUGGCACACAUAUCAUCAAAAGGAUGCAUGGAAUUAUCUGAAACCAAAAUAGGUCUCAGGUUUGAUAUUCUUUGAGAUGAGUUCUUUUUAAGCAUUACUUGUAAAUAAUUCCAUAACAUUCUUUUAAAUAUGUUAACUGAGUUUCUUGGUUAUUUCUAAAUACCAACCAUUAAUCCUAGAAGUUGUUCUUUAUGGCCAUUAUUUCUUACAAAAGACGAAUAUGUUUACACAGGGUGUUACAACACAAAGAAACUGAUGGUACCAAGAGAAACAAACAAGAUUGUAGGAUACAAGAGAAUGGGAAACCAACAUAAAACACCAUGAGAUGAAUACGAUAU